CUUUACGUCGGGUUGUGUUUAGCGAUGAAGCUCUGUCUUCUUUUGAGCAGCUUUUGGAUGCAUAUAAUGUGCCUCAAUACUGUAGUCUCUCAGAGGAUACCACUCAACUUUGGAUAUAUUACUACUCUCACUGGUUCCUUUAUAGGGGAUGGAGGCAUACCAGUUGUUGAUAUGGCAUUAAGACUUAUAAAUGAGAGAAAUGAUGUUCUUCAAAAUUAUACACUUAACUAUACAGAUGUGUUGGAUUCAGCAUGUGAUCGUACAAUGUCACUCAAUCAAUUCUUCGAGCUGAUUAAUCGCAAUACGACAUAUAUAUCAUUAUUGGGUUGUGGAUGUUCACCAGCUACUAUACCUGUGGCAGAGCUCAGUCAUUACUGGAAUAUACCACAACUUUCUGUAGUAUCUGCAGCUAAUUCUUUGGACAACCGAAUUAAGUUUAGGAAUUUCUAUCGAACUUCUGUUCCAUUUCAUGAUGUUGGUGAAUCAUUGGGACAGUUAAUGAGAGAAUUUGGUUGGAGGCAGAUGUCAAUUAUAACACAAGAUGAGAGCCUAUUCUCAUUAGUCACUGAAAAUAUUAGCAAUAUUUUUAAUAAUGAAGGAUGGACAUUAGAUAGAUACGAUGUAACAUCAGGACAAAGUCCUCUUCCUUUCUUUGAUAGAAGUGAAACUGGUAGCUUUAGAAUCUUUCAUAUUAAUGCAUAUCAAGAUAUGGCUUAUCAGCUAUUAUGUGAAGCAUAUCAUAGAGGUAUGACUGGUUCUGACUAUUUAUGGAUUAUUCCAAUGUGGUACAAUGAUAAUUGGUGGAUGUCAAGUAGUCCUACAUCAUCUACUAAUCCUUCCUGUACUGAUGCUAUUAUGAUGGAAGUUAUAACAGGAACCAUAGGCUGGAUUCCACGUAAAUAUUUGACGCUGAAUGAAUCUAUUACAACAUUUUCUGGUCUGACACCAAAUGCCUACCUUGGAAAUUAUACAGCUCUACUUCAAGAAUCUCGUUACAGGAAUAUAACAAAGUUUGGAUUUUCUGGAGUUGUUUUUGAUGGAGUUUGGGCAAUAGCUAUUGGAUUAGAUAUAGCAUCUAAGAAGAUAUCAUCUGGUAAUGACAGUGGGUGUGAGAAUGUACCAGGAGAUCUAGUUCCAUUGGAACAAUUUAACUAUGCCAACACAAAACUAGGCUGUAUCUUUAAGAAGAGUUUUAACGAAAUUGAUUUUGUUGGAGUUACUGGUCAAGUCAAGUUCAAUGAAUUUGGUUCUAGAAAUGAUGAAUUUAUACAAUAUCAACAAUAUAGACUAUCAAAUUCAAGAUUGACUAAAGUUCAUUUUGGUUCUGUAUAUGUUGAAGGUCAAAGAAGUUCAUUUGUUUUCAGUAGUGGAGAAUCAAACAGUACACUUUGGAAAGAUGGAAUACCCCCUUAUGAUGGAAUUCCAGAAAGAGGACUGGACCAAAACAGUAUUGCAUUAAUUGUCAUAUAUGAUAUACUUGCUGGAUUUGGCAUAAUAUUUGCUGCUGUUUGUUUCAUUUUCAAUGUUGUCUUCAGAAAUAAGAAAAUAGUAAAAUUAACCAGUCCUAAUUUGAACCACAUCAUAAUACUGGGAUCAGUGCUACUAUAUAUAUGUGUCUUCUUUUAUACAUUUCUUUCAACAGACAAGACAACAGAAGCAGUAUUCUGUAAUGUACGUGUGUGGCUAUUUUCCUUGGGAUAUUGUCUCUGCUUUGGUGUUAUAUUAUCAAAAACAUGGAGGGUUUACCACAUCUUUAACAAUCCAAAGCCAACAAAGAAAGGUGUUAAGGAUUGGUUUCUCUUCCUAAUUGUAUCUUUCAUUAUUGCUAUUGAUGUUUUUAUCAUUCUCAUUGGUACUAUAGUUCCACAAUCAAGACUGACCAGUUUUGAAGUAGUAGAUGGUGAAAAUCCCCAAAUUAUAAAUGAUGAUGGUAAACUACAAAACAACUUUGUGGUGGUUUGCAAUACGAGAACUGAAACUCUUAUCUGGGAGGGACUUUCGUUUGGUUAUAAAGGUAUACUUCAAGUAUUAGCCAUUUUCAUGGCAUUCCACACACGUGGUGUCAAAGUCAGAAUCCUCAAUGAAUCAAAGGAGACUGCUGCAAUCAUAUACAUAAACAGUAUUGUAUUAUUACUACUGACUGUGACUGAGUUUACUCUGGCAACUCGUCAUAAUACCUAUUCUGCAUUGUUUGGAUUAGGAUUACUCAUUGAAGCAUCACUGUUUCUUGGGCUCAUCUUCAUCCCUAAGAUGAUUCAUUUGUAUCUUGAUCCACAAGGAGCAAAAAUAUUUACACAAGCCAACACUUCUAACACUCAUGUAAACACCAUGAUGACAACUAACAGCAUUGAUAAUAAAGAUUCACCUGAAGAAAUUACAGCUAAUUUACGACAGAGAGUAAAGGAAUUGGAACAGGAAAUCUCAAUUAAGAUGAAAGAUCUUAAAAAAUCUUAAAUAAGACUGCUUAUUAUGAUCAGGAGACAAAGAAGUAGAUCUAUAGGAACUAAUUUUAAUUAUAAAUCUAUAAAACAAAUUAUUUAGAAUUUAGAACUUAAUAUUAAUUCAUCAAUCAUUACCACA